CGCCGCCACGCCCGCUCAACGCUUACGUCACCACUUAGUCGCGCUCAUGUUCUGACCGGCGGGAUAACGGCGCCAGCAAUCUCGCGGAGGGGGCGGGGCUGGGGCUGCGCGGGCUGCGGCGGUUGCCAGGGCGACGGUGGCGGCUCCGGAGCUAGGAGCGAGGCCGAGGCAUCAGCAACUAAGCGGUCUGAAUAAGAAGCUCGUCCCCCUGGACCUCCGGGGCCCCCAGCGCCAUGUUUAUCUACCUCAGCAAAAAGAUUGCCAUCCCCAAUAAUGUCAAAUUGAAAUGCAUUUCCUGGAACAAGGAUCAAGGAUUCAUAGCCUGUGGUGGGGAAGAUGGACUUCUGAAAGUUUUAAAAUUGGAAACCCAAACAGAUGAUGCCAAACUUAGGGGCCUGGCAGCGCCCAGCAAUCUUUCCAUGAACCAGACUCUGGAAGGCCACAGUGGGUCUGUGCAGGUGGUCACGUGGAACGAGCAGUACCAGAAGCUAACAACCAGCGACCAGAACGGGCUCAUCAUCGUGUGGAUGCUCUACAAAGGCUCUUGGUACGAGGAGAUGAUCAACAACAGAAAUAAGUCUGUGGUUCGGAGUAUGAGCUGGAACGCCGACGGACAGAAGAUCUGCAUCGUUUACGAAGAUGGGGCGGUUAUCGUGGGCUCCGUGGACGGGAACCGCAUUUGGGGCAAAGACCUGAAGGGCAUCCAGCUGUGCCACGUCGCCUGGUCCUCGGACAGCAAAACGCUGCUGUUUGGCAUGGCCAACGGGGAGAUCCACAUCUACGACAAUCAGGGGAAUUUCAUCAUGAAGAUGAAGCUCAACUGUCUGGUGAACGUCACCGGCGCCAUCAGCAUCGCCGGCAUCCACUGGUACCACGGGACCGAGGGCUACGUGGAGCCCGACUGCCCGUGCCUGGCCAUCUGCUUCGACAACGGGAGGUGCCAGAUCAUGAGGCAGGAGAGCGACCAAAACCCGGUGCUGAUCGACACCGGCAUGAACGUCGUCAGCAUCCAGUGGAACCACAUCGGCAGCGUCUUGGCCGUGGCCGGCUCCCAGAAGGCCGCCUCUCAGGACAAGGACAUCAACAUGGUGCAGUUCUACACGCCGUUUGGCGAGCAUUUGCGAACACUGAAGGUUCCUGGAAAGCAGAUGUCUGCCCUGUCUUGGGAAGGAGGGGGAUUAAAGAUUGGCCUUGCUGUUGAUUCAUUUAUCUAUUUUGCAAAUAUCAGACCUGAUUAUAAGUGGGGUUACUGCUCCAACACAGUUGUUUAUGCGUACACCAGGCCUGACCGGCCCGAGUACUGUGUGGUCUUCUGGGACACCAAGAACAACGAGAAGUACGUGAAGUACGUGAAGAGCCUGAUUUCCAUCACCACCUGUGGUGACUUCUGCAUUUUGGCCACCAAGGCUGACGAGAACCAUCCCCAGUUCGUGCUGGUUCUCUGUAACUCCAUCGGGACGCCCCUGGACCCCAAAUACAUCGACAUCGUGCCCCUGUUCGUGGCGAUGACCAAGACGCACGUGAUCGCAGCCUCCAAGGAGGCCUUCUACACGUGGCAGUACCGCGUGGCCAAGAAGCUGACGGCUCUGGAGAUCAACCAGGUGGCCAGGUCCCGGAAGGAAGGCCGCGAGAGGAUUUAUCACGUGGACGACACGCCUUCCGGAGCCGUGGACGGGGUGCUGGACUACAGCAAGGCCGUCCAGGCCACCGGGGACCCCAUCUGCGCCAUCACGGCCUCCGACAAGACGCUGAUCGUGGGCCGCGAGUCGGGCGCCAUCCAGCGGUACAGCCUGCCCAACGUGGGCCUCAUCCAGAAGUACGGCCUGCAGUGCCGGGCCUACCAGCUCUCCCUGAACUGCAACUCCAGCCGCCUGGCCAUCAUCGACAUCUCGGGCGUCCUCACUUUCUUUGACCUGGACGCGCGCGUGACCGACAGCAGCGGGCAGCAGACCAUCGGCGAGCUGCUGAAGCUGGAGCGCAAGGACGUCUGGGACAUGAAGUGGGCCAGGGACAACCCGGACCUGUUCGCCAUGAUGGAGAAGACCAGGAUGUACGUCUUCAGGAACCUGGAUCCCGAGGAACCCAUUCAGACUUCUGGAUACAUUUGUAACUUCGAAGAUUUAGAAAUUAAGUCGGUUCUCUUGGACGAAAUAUUGAAGAACCCUGAACACCCUAAUAAGGAUUACAUCAUCAACUUUGAGAUCCGGUCCCUGCGGGACAGCCGAGCAUUGAUUGAGAAGGUCGGCAUUGAUGAUGCUUCCCAGUUCAUCGAGGACAACCCCCAUCCCCGGCUCUGGCGCCUCCUGGCAGAAGCGGCCCUUCAGAAGCUGGACCUGCAGACGGCAGAGCAGGCCUUUGUGCGCUGUAAGGAUUACCAGGGCAUCAAGUUUGUGAAGCGACUGGGCAACCUUCAGAGCGAGUCCAUGAAGCAGUGCGAGGUGGCCGCGUACUUCGGCCGGUUCGAGGAGGCCGAGAGGAUGUACCUGGAUAUGGACCGGAGGGACCUGGCUAUUGGCCUGCGGCUGAAAUUGGGAGACUGGUUCCGAGUCCUGCAGUUACUGAAGACGGGAUCUGGGGAUGCUGAUGACAGCCUCCUUGAACAAGCCCAUAAUGCCAUUGGAGACUACUUUGCUGAUCGACAAAAAUGGUUGAACGCUGUACAGUAUUACGUACAAGGUCGAAACCAGGAACGCUUGGCCGAGUGUUACUACAUGUUGGAAGACUAUGAGGGUCUCGAGAAUUUGGCCAACUCCCUGCCAGAGAACAACAAGCUCCUUCCUGAGAUCGCCCAGAUGUUUGUGAGGGUCGGAAUGUGUGAGCAGGCCGUGGCCGCCUUUCUGAAGUGCAACCAGCCCAAAGCUGCCGUGGACACCUGUGUGCACCUGAACCAGUGGAACAAGGCAGUGGAGCUGGCCAAAAACCACAGCAUGAAGGAGAUCGGCUCCUUGCUGGCUCGCUACGCGUCUCACCUGCUGGAGAAGAACAAGACCCUGGACGCCAUCGAGCUCUACCGGAAGGCCAACUACUUCUUCGAUGCUGCCAAACUCAUGUUCAAGAUUGCAGAUGAGGAGGCCAAGAAGAGGACCAAGCCUCUGCGCGUGAAGAAGCUCUACGUGCUGUCGGCCCUGCUCAUAGAGCAGUACCACGAACAGAUGAAGAACGCCCAGAGGGGAAAGGUGAAAGGGAAGAGUUCAGAGGCCACCUCUGCCCUGGCCGGCCUGCUGGAGGAGGAGGUCCUGUCCUCGGCCAAUCGGUUCACAGACAACGCCUGGAGAGGGGCCGAAGCUUACCACUUCUUCAUCCUCGCCCAGAGGCAGCUGUACGAGGGCUACGUGGACACUGCUCUAAAGACAGCUCUCCACCUACGAGACUACGAGGACAUCAUCCCUGCCGUGGAGAUCUACUCCCUGCUGGCUCUGUGUGGCUGUGCCAGCCGGGCUUUUGGCACUUGCUCCAAAGCCUUCAUUAAGCUGGAGUCCUUGGAGAGCCUGAGCACUGAGCAGAAGCAGCAAUAUGAGGACCUAGCCCUGGAGAUCUUCACCAAGCACACUCCCAAGGACAACCGCAAAUCAGAGCUGGACAGCAUCCUGGAGGGGGGAGAAGGGAAGCUGCCAACAUGUGUAGCUACAGGAAGCCCCAUCAUGGAGUACCAGUUCUGGAUGUGCAAUGUGUGCAAGCACUGUGUCCUGGCUCAGGAGAUAAGCAACUACAACUUCUGCCCCUUGUGCCACAGCUCAGUUGGGUAGCAGCUGGCUGGGCAAACAUGAGUGAGCACACAGAUAUGGACCUCUCUCUGGUGAAGAACCCUGUGUGUGAGGCAUGGGGGUCUGGACUCCCAAGACCAAAUACCCCGUCUCCCCGAGCCCACCAGGCACUGCUUUCCUUUUAGAUAAUGUCCUGGUGGCCAUGUCUGCGGGUACAAAGGUAGCUCUAGGUGUAUCUAAACAGCGCUGCGACCACAGGGAUCAAGGUGCUCUGGCUGGGUCUGGGUCCGUCAGGCAGAGGGGUCAGCCAGAACCCCAGAAGGGCAGGGGCCUGCUCCUCCAUUCUCUGGGCCAAGUGCUCAGCGUUCUGUGCCUUCCUGGGUCUCUAGAGGGUCAUGUGGAAAGUUAGCCGGGUCUGUUCUGAGGGCAGAGAUCUUGGGUUUUUAUAUGACGGAUCCUUUUUCAUGGAGAAUAAACGUUAUCUGGGUACUCAAAUGGC